GACCACCUGUUGUCCGGAGACAACACCUCACUAAAUACCCUUGACCAGUGGUCAGCGCGUGAGCGAUGGACGCUUUCCCUUUCUUUGUAUGUUUGGUGCUUUUAUCCACAGUUUCUUCAUCUUUCGUGAAUAUGGCCUUGAAUAAACCAGCCUUUCAGAGCGCGCAUGAUGGUGUCAUCGACCCAAAGUUUGGAACCUGCAAUGAAAGCUUUGCCAAUGACGGAACAAGAUAUACCCCCGGCGCUUUAUUGAAGUGUGCAUGUAUAGCAAAUGCAAGCAACACCUUCCCAAUAUGGCAGGUGGAUCUAACAGAAGAUUCCAUAGUUACUCAAAUCACCAUAGACAUUCUGACAAAUGUUUUUCUGGAAGGCACAAAAGUGUAUGUAUCUAACUCAGCUGCUGGCUACGAACAGGGCAGGCUGUGCUUCCAUCAGCAGACUGACCAGAACAAGAAAAGGACCGUCACUUUCGACUGUCUCACUAGAGGGCGCUACGUCACUUUCGAAGACCAGGUUUCGCACUUGCCCGGAAAGAAAGGCAUAAUAGCGAUUAUUUUGUGUGAACUAGAGGUUUAUGGAUGUGGCAAUGGAACAUGGGGAGAUAACUGUGAUCAACGCUGUCCCGACUACUGCAAAGACGGAAUGUGCUUCCCCGAGAAUGGCACCUGUUGGUCUGGCUGUGAGGAAUUGGGCAAAACGUCAGAAUUAUGUAAUGAAACUUGUACGAAUGAAACGUUUGGACAGGAUUGUCAGGGAGUUUGCCAUUGCGAGAUUGGUACUUGUGACGUCGUUACCGGAGAGUGCCCUUUCGGCGCGUGCAGUGCGGGCUGGACCGGCAGCAACUGUAGCGUUGUUUGUCCGGCGGGAACCUUUGGACCUUUGUGUACCCAAAGUUGUCGAUGUGCUAACGGUACCUGUGACCCGGCCAAUGGGACUUGUCCAGGAAACCUCUGUGGACGGGGACGCGUGGGACCUACGUGCAGUGAAGAUUGUCUUAGCGGAACUUUCGGAUUUGGAUGUAGCCAAAUUUGCCCCCAUUGUGUACAGGAAAGUUGUGAAGCAGAAUUUGGUGUCUGCUCAUUGGGGAGGUGUAAGAUCGGAUGGGCCACACAGUUCUGUAAUGAGAGUUGUGCGGUCGAUACUUUCGGACUGGAUUGUUCUGCAUCCUGUAACUGUAGGAACGGGACCUGCGAUCCUAUCACUGGUACCUGCCAGGAUGAUCUCUGUCGGGACGGCUGGUUAGGGCCUACCUGUGGUCAAGCUUGUGAUCCCGGAAAGUAUGGGACAGACUGUUUGAACACUUGUGUUUGUACCAACAGUACAUGUGAUCCAGUCAAUGGAACGUGCUUGUGUCCAGAAGGACGAACAGGACCGACAUGUGAUGAUGACUGCUCCAAAGGAACCUACGGGGUUGACUGUGAGGAGACAUGUUACUGUCAGGGCCGGGACUGUGAUCCUUACAGUGGACUUUGUUACUCGGACGGCCCAUGUGAAGUUGGGUGGAAGGGACUGACUUGUAGUGAACCUUGCGGUGAUGACCGUUUUGGUUUAAAUUGCACCCAGGAGUGUUACUGUUUAAACGGCACGUGUGACCACGUGAACGGCACGUGCCCAGUGAGUGCCGAGUGUCGAGAUGGCUGGACUGGACUUAACUGUAACCAAGUAUGUCCAAAUGGAACAUUUGGUAGUAAUUGCAGUGAGACAUGCUUUAACUGUCUCAACGGAAGUUGUGACCCGUACACCGGAAGUUGUAUUUCCGGGGUAUGUCAGGCCGGAUGGCAAACAGAACUCUGCAAUAAACCCUGUGACAAUGGUACAUUUGGAAACAACUGUAGCGAGAGAUGCUACUGUGAAUCCAACGUCUGUGAUCCUGUCAAUGGAACGUGUGACAGUGGGAUUUGUCAGAGUGGUUGGCAGGGUGCAACCUGUAGCGAAGCCUGUCCGUCCGGUAAAUAUGGACCUAAUUGUCAGAUGGACUGUUUCUGCCGUAGUUUCACGUGUGACAGAAUUAACGGGACGUGUCCUGCCGGAACUUGUCAGGACGGUUAUCGAGGUGUCUCCUGUAAUGAGGUCUGCGAUAAUGGUACUUUCGGUGAGAACUGUUCGAGCAACUGUUAUUGUGCCGUUGGGUUCUGUGAGCCUACCAACGGUAGCUGUCCUACUGUAAACUGCCAGAUCGGCUGGCAGGGGCAGACUUGUAGUCAAGUUUGUGACAGUGGAAAAUUCGGAGAAAAAUGCACAGGUAUUUGUAAAUGCGAGACUGGCACGUGCAACCCGGUUAACGGCACUUGUAGGGAUAAUCGGUGUGAGGUCGGUUGGAAGGGCAGCACGUGUAGUGAAGUAUGCCCCACCAUGAUGUUUGGUUUCAACUGCACGGAGCAGUGCGUUAACUGUCUAAAAGGGACAUGUGACCCCAAGUCUGGUGUAUGUACACAAGGACAGUGUCAGGCCGGCUGGCACACGGACAGAUGUAACCAAUCUUGUGGGUUUGGAACUUUCGGAAUCAACUGUCAAUAUUCCUGCAACUGUGACACGGGAACCUGUGACAGAAUUAACGGCAAAUGUCCCGGAAAUAUAUGUAAACCUGGAUGGACGGGACCGACAUGUAGUUCAGCUUGUCCCAGUGGAACAUUUGGAUAUAACUGUUCCAGAGCGUGUUUGUGUGUAAACGGAGCUUGUGAUACUGCUAACGACUCGUGUAUCUGUCAACCAGGAUGGCAAGGACAGUUGUGUGACACAGCUUGCGGCUUCGGCUCCUGGGGAAACAAAUGCUUGUCUAAUUGUUACUGUGCAACUGGAACGUGCGACCAUGUGACUGGUGUUUGUCCCGGAGGUCGGUGCCGUCGUGGAUGGAACGGGACUGCGUGUGAUCAAGGCUGUACGCCAGGAACCUUUGGUCAAAACUGUGAGGAGCGCUGCUAUUGUAAGGGAGGAGCUUGUGAUGCUGUGUACGGAAUUUGUCCAACUAAUGCUUGUUUGCCCGGAUGGAAAGGCAUCUCCUGUAAUGAGCCUUGCUUGAGCGGCACAUUUGGUGAAAACUGCAUCCAGAGAUGUUACUGUAACCAAUCCAGUUGUAAUAUCAUCAAGGGAACCUGUCCCGGGGACGUGUGUCAAGUAGGAUACACCGGAAAUACAUGUAGUAGCUUGUGCUCGUCCGGAUACUUUGGAGCAAACUGUAGCAGUGAGUGUCACUGUGAGACCGGAACCUGUGACCCUAUUACCGGGUUAUGUCCGGGAAACAAGUGUCAACCCGGCUGGAGUCUCCCUACAUGUAGCGAACCCUGUCCUAACGGAACCUACGGUGAAAAGUGUAACGGGAAGUGUCACUGUCUGUUUAAUACCUGUAACCCUAUAUCGGGCAUUUGUCCUGGGAUGUGUGAGGAUGGAUGGGCCUCGCGUAAAUGCAACCAACCGUGUCAGCCAGGGAAGUUUGGUUUUGAAUGUGCCAUAACUUGCCACUGUGCCACUGGUACCUGUGACCACGUGACUGGGAAGUGUUUGAGUGGAGGCUGUCUGCCAGGCUGGGAAACAGACACAUGCAGCAAAGUUUGUGACUCGGGUUUUUUCGGUGAAAACUGUGCCAGUGAAUGUGGCGAGUGUUCCGGAAGUACCAACUGUCACCACGUGAAUGGGACAUGUCCUGCUGACCUGUGUGAAUCUGGUUGGUCUGGAACACAGUGUCAGACGGCUUUGGCUGCGAGUGCAGGCGUGAAUGUGGCCGGUAUCAUCGGCGCUGCUGUUGGACUGUUGGUGUUGAUGAUUGUUGUACUACUAGUUGUACUGUUCGUAGCGCACAGAAGAGGACGAAAUUCAGACCGGGAGAGAAUGAUGAACUCCAUCGCAAAUCUUUACGGUGAUAAUAGAAGCCAAUCGAGGAACAUCUAUUAUCGUGGAGAAAGUAUGGAUAGCAAUGCACCGUGCUCUAAGACAUACCAUGUGAACAGUUUGACGCGCAACUCGUUCGAUAAUGAACUUUUCGUAGACAGCUGUAAUGACGCCGUUCCUCGGGAGUUUCGUUCCCUUAACAACUCCAAUGAAAUGUACGACUGGAGUAGCAACGCUAGUGUGAACGAGUACAAUGACUCCACUUCCGGUCCCAUUAAAUACGAUACCAAAAUGAAAUUACAAGGAUUCGAAGAUGCAGUUGCUACUAAGAAACAACGUGGGCGUCUUCGAGACGAAUAUAAGCAUCUACCGACCGGUCAGCUGUUCGUUUGUGAAGUUGCAGAACGACCAGAAAAUAGGCCGAAGAACAGAUACAAAACAACACUUCCAUACGAUCAGUCCAGGGUAAUCCUGAGGAACCGACCAGAUCAGACGGACUACAUCAAUGCCAGCUUUGUACAGAGUGUCGGAGGAGACGAACGGUACAUAGCGACGCAGGGUCCUAAAGAUAAUACAGUCUGGGAUUUCUGGGCCAUGACGUGGGAACAACACUCCAAUAAAAUUGUCAUGUUGACUGAUCUACGGGAAAAAGGGAAGGACAAAUGUUGUCGGUACUGGCCGAAACUUGGACAAGCCUUGACCAAUAAGGAGCUGACCAUCACAACUGUGGAGGAGAAGUGUGAACUCUACAUCACAACGACAGUGAUUAAUAUCAAAGAAGAGAAGACAAAAGAGAAAAGGACUAUCCACAUGUUCCACUUCCUGGCCUGGUCGGACCAUGGCACGCCAAAUCCAUUCAGAUUGGCCCUUUUCCAGCGUCAAGUGGACAAAGGUACUGGUCAACUGUCCGGACCGGUCAUUGUCCAUUGCAGCGCUGGAAUCGGCCGUACAGGAACAUUUAUAGCAUUAGAUUCUCUACUAAAACAUGGAAGGCACCAUGGUGUGAUUGAUGUGUACGGAUAUGUUGUCAAAAUGAGGUCAUGUCGUAUGGGAAUGGUACAAACACAGGACCAAUACGUCGCUCUGUAUGAUUCGUUGGUAGCAGCAAUCAUGUACCCAGAUACAUCCGUCCCACGGAGCCUCGUUCCAGACGUAUCCGAAAAUACAUUGCGACUUAAACAGGAAUUUGAGGUUUUGCGUAAAAAUCGCCCCCAAUAUGAAAGUACGGAGUAUGCGUCGGCAUUAUCUGUCCAAAAUGUCUGCAAGAAUAGAAGUAUGAAAAGUUUACCAAGUGAUAAAUACCGGGCACCCCUGCUUUCCAAUGACACCGGAAAUAGUGACUACAUCAAUGCAGUUCUUCUUCCGACUUGUUUGGACAUGGAAGGAUAUUUGGCGACACAAAUCCCUUUGCGGCACACACUGGUGGACUUUUGGAGCAUGGUACAUGACUACAACUCAAGGACAAUCAUCAUCCUUGAUAAAGUUGAAGAUAACGUGGACAUUGUGCCCCUUGGAGAGCCGUUAAGUAUUGGGCCAUUCAUUCUCGAGUCACAAGGACUCCGUCCCUCUGACAGCGGCAUCACGGAGAUGACUGUAUCACUUCAAAAGCAGGGAGAAAGAGAGCGAAAGGUCAAAGUGUAUUUGUCAUUUGGUACCGAUGACAAAAAAGGCGUCACCUCAACACAAAAGCUGAUAAGAGUAGCAGAACUGGCAAGAGAGGACGAAGAUGAUAGUCCCACCACUGUCGUCUGCAAGGAUGGACAAACCAAAUGUGUACCAUUCUGUGUAAUAGCGUCCCUGAUACAGAAAGUAGCACUGGACGAUCUGGUGGACGUGUUUGAUAUAGUGAGGGAGAUUCUAAUUCGAAAACCGGGCGCAAUUCAGUCCUUUGAGCAGUAUCAGUUCUGCUACAAGGUUUUGAGCCAGUAUGUACAAACGAAUAAGAAAUCCACUGCCUGAAGGAGCUUUAAAGUAUAAUGUAAAUCAUCACAUUUUCUUCAAUAUUGUUUUAAAGUUGUUUUUCGAGUGAUAUGUUUACGAAAUGAAUUUCAGAAAAAAACGAAGCUCGGGAUAUAUUUGUUUAUUGUUUACCCCGAGAAGACAUAUUUGUUUGCGGCAGUUCCUGUUGUGAGUCAUCAUUCGUUGUCAACCGAUAUGUUAUAUUUUUGGGGUUAUUUAACUUUUUGUCAUGAUCAUAUGUCUGUGUGUGGUUUUAUAAAUGUUCUUUUUAACAGAAUUACACUUCAGUUUUAAUUGAGUAUGAAUCUACAUCAAUUAAAUAUUGAACAAUAGAGAUAGUUUUAAAGAUACUAACUUACACACAACAUUUAUGUUACUGUCGUUUUGUUUCACCUUUAUUGUGCAUAUAAUUAUUUCUGUAUUUCAUGUAAACAUUAUUCUGUUGUCCUGACAUAAGUCUACACCUACUUUAAAAGUAUGUGUGGGCCCCUGGGCUUAUAACAAGAUAACGUCGGUACCAUAUAUGGUCAUAUACAUAUUUUUUAAUGUACAACACACUAAUUCUUGUUGAUACAUUUGUAUAUAUACAUAUUUUUUUUUAUUUUGAAUGAUUUUUUUGUUGAUGAAAAAUUAAUAAAAGAUUUGAUUUUUAAACAUGUAUUUCAUAUGGGAUUUAUAUAUCGUGUAUGGAUAUUCUACGAUAUGCUUUCCAAGAGCAACUCUUCAAUUUACGAAUAAAAAAUGUCAUCAUAUUAAUCAUGAAAUCAGGUUUCAUCAGUCAUUGGGAUUAUCAAAAAUAAAACUUGUUUUGCAUGUUUGUAUCAAACUUUUAAAAUGCAUAAUUAUGUAAAUUUGAUUAUAAUAAUAAUAUAUGUAAUCAACAUAUCUUUCAUAAUAGAUUGUUCAUAAUUUCAUUUAUCUAUUGGAACAUCAAUAUAUAUCGAAGGCUAUCUCAUGGUAUGGUUCUUGGAGCAUUAAAAACACAAAUACAGUGACAUUUUCCAGAAAGAUUGUAUUUCAUAUUUGUAAAUACAGCAACACACCUGUAUUAUGAAUUCAUUUUUCAUUCUCUGCAUAUCAAAUAUAUACUGGUUGCGUUUAUAUUGCCUCCAUAAACAAUCAAUUGUGCUGCGUUCAUGAAUGUAGUCAUGUUAGUAACUUAUAAUGUAAGUAAUCAAAAAUAAAAUGAUGUAGUUAUA